AUGUCAAAUUUAGAAGUUCCCGUUGUGUGUUCUGAGUACGAUGGUGAAGGGCGGUUUUUGUGCGGUGUAACGGUGGCCUUAAACCGUCAGAGAGUGAGUGUACAGAGUACCGAUCCUGGUGCUCCGCUUAAUGAAAAUGUCUUGUUAUUGGAGGAGUCCAAUCUACGUGUUAUUGUAGUACGUUGGGGGUUUCUGGAGAGUCCUGGUACCCGGUGUGUUUUCCUAGGGCUGAAUAACGGUGAAGUGUGGAUAUAUUCGCCUGCGGCAAAUGAAGUGGUGUACAAAUUAUCAACGGGAAACUCAUCGAAGAUCAACGAUGUGGUUGUCAAGAGUGAGAGCGUAUGGUGUGUGGACUCAGAGGACUGGAUUUAUGAGUUUAGCCUGGGUGACUUCACUGUAAAGCAGCGAUUUCAAGUCGAAUCUUGCAUUUCGCUUGGCAGACUAUGUUUGAUAGAUGAUAAGUUACUGGUGGCUUCACAUUGCAUCUUCCUGGUGGAUAUUUCAUCUAGAAAAGUGAUACAGACAUAUCCGGGGCACACGACGCCUGUAACGCACUUGAAAGCUUUGACGAGUGAGUAUUUUGUUACCGGUGCUUCGAGUGACCGUUUUUUGAACGUCUAUGAUCUGCAUACGGGAGCUACAAAGACUGUGCUAGUUCUGCAGUCGAACUUGCAAGAGUUUUCCCAUUCGGAAGAGCACUCGAUCGCCGCUACUACUGAGGAUGGUGAUGUUGAAAUCUUUUCAGACCCGCUAGUGGCUAAUAUUACCAAUAAGAGACGUGGGAACAAAUCAAAGCAAUCUAACAAGACAAUCCAUGGUAGUUUCGAGCUCAACGGUAAAACCUCUAAGAAGCCAUUCUUGAACGUAUCGAUAAAUCGCGACAUAUUGAACUUGGCAUGGUUGCAAAAUGCCACGAUACCAAAUUUUGUCCAACUGAAAUGGGAGGGCUUAUCAGCAGACCAUACCGUUCAGCUGGUCAGCAAAACCACCGCUGGGGAUCAUUCUCUAUAUGGAACAGAAACUGCAGCAGUUGGAAACUAUAAGGAAGGGAACGCCAGAGUCACUCAUGGUGACAAUUUUAAACACGUUAACGAUGUGAUCAAGCAGUGGGAGGCAGAGUUGACUCAACAGGAACGUGAAGAUAACGAAAAGGCCACAGAGUCACUCGCUGACAAGUUAGAAUUGACGUCACUAAACGUCUCCAAGAAGAAAACCACAGCCACCACAGCCGGCACAGUUACCGUGAUAUUAUCCCAGGCACUACAAUCGAAUGACCAUUCCCUCCUGGAGACCGUUCUCAAUAAUCGUGAUGAAAGAGUCAUUAGAGAUACUAUAUUCAGAUUGAAGCCUCCACUAGCUGUCAUCCUGCUCGAAAGACUCGCAGAACGUAUCGCAAGACAAACUCAUCGUCAAGGACCUUUGAACGUUUGGGUCAAAUGGUGCCUGAUCAUUCACGGUGGUUAUCUAGUAUCCAUCCCAAACUUGAUGUCCUCGUUAUCCUCUCUGCAUUCCACCCUUAAGAGGCGUUCAGCCUUGCUGCCCAGAUUGCUGACCUUGGAAGUCAAGCUAGAAUCCACGCUGAACGGGAUAUAUCCAACACAGGAUAUCGAUGAAGCAUUACUGGAAUUACAAUCACCACAAGAUUCACAAGAGGAAGACGAAGAUGAGGACGUUGAAUAUAACGAAGAACUGGACGACGCAGGAUUAAUAGAAGAUGGUGAGGACGACUACGAUGAUUCCGAAGAAGAUGAAGAUGAGGAAAGUCUUAACGAACUACCCGAUGGUCCCCAGGACGGCAAAUCGUCGCAAGAUCUCGGAGUUUCGGAUGAUGAUGAAGCUGGGUACAGUGACGUCGAAAUGUCAUAG